AUGGACAUUAAAGGACACAAAGAAAAGAUUCUAUUUUACGUAACGAAGCUCGGAAAGUACGAUAUCAUUCUCGGAAAACCCUGGCUAACAGACCACAACCCAAACGUCAAUUGGAGUACGAAUAUAGUUACUUUCAACUCCAAUCAUUGCCGCCAAUACUGCAUGGAGAAGGGACAAUACCAACUAGCAGUCUCAGGAGCUCCCACUUUGCCAAUCCCAACAACGGCAACCAUACAUCCACGUCCAUCAAUCCCUCGAAGGAUCGGCGCACCCGCAUUCCACACGCUGGCCAACAAGCACGACGUCGACGUAUUCUCACUAUCUCUUUAUGAGAUCGAUAAAAGACUAGCCGAACUUGGUGUUAUCACAAACGUCUCCACGUUCGCAGAACCGAAGGCAGACCGAUUCGACGCCGCACUUACGGACGUGCAAAAGAUGAACCGAGAACUCCAGUCGCAUGAUAAAAUAAUACCUCCCAACCCCAGGGACCAACAAACCCAGGAACUCCAAGCUUCUCGGAAACUAGCAGCAGACAUGUACCUUUCAGGGGCAUCACUCGAGGAUAUUCACAAAGCACUCGAACCCAAGACUUUCAUCAACCCCGCAACAAAAGUACCUGAACACUACCAUGAAUUCCUCAAAGUAUUCGACCAGACAGAGGCAGAUAAACUUCCCCCGCACCGACACUGCGACCACGAAAUCGAACUUCAACCUGGCACAACCCCACCCCAUGGACCUCUGUACGGCAUGUCCGAAGACGAACUCGUCGUCCUCCGGAAAUUCCUUCAAGAAAACCUCGACAAGGGCUUUAUACGUGCCAGUACGUCACCAGCCGCCUCGCCAGUGCUAUUUGCGAAGAAACCCGGAGGCGGCCUCCGUUUUUGCGUCGACUACCGGGCACUCAAUGCCAUAACCAUCAAGAACCGAUAUCCACUGCCAUUAAUUCAGGAGACUCUUUCGCAACUAAGCCAAGCCAAAUAUUUCACCAAACUUGAUGUCGUCGCAGCAUUUAACCGAAUACGCAUCAAGGAGGGCCAAGAGUGGAUGACAGCGUUCAACACAAGAUAUGGACUCUUCGAGAGUCUGGUGAUGCCGUUCGGACUAUCAAACGCCCCAGCUACCUUCCAAGCCAGGAUCAACGAAGUAUUACGCCCAUUCCUGGACAGAUAUUGCACAGCCUAUAUCGACGACAUUCUCAUCUACUCAAACGACCUCGCCUCUCACAGACUCCACGUCAAAUCAGUGCUCCAGGCGCUUGAAGCCGCGGGCUUGCAACUCGACGUCAAGAAGUGUGAAAAGUCGACAGGAACCGAAAAGGGAAUUACUCGUGGUCAUCGCAUCACUCCUCUCAAGCCUGGGACGAUACGUAAGGUGGCCACAAGCGGCCCAUCACAAUGA